GCCGUAGUCGGUUGCAGUGUGUGUGCACGGAAACUUCCGGCCGCGCUCCGAUACUUUUUGUCCCGGCGGAGCCGCUGUGGUCGGUCGCUGUGCGCGUGUGCAGACUCGACAUGGAGUCGGAGGGUCCGUCUGAGCCGGGUUUCGUCGGGAUCCGCUUCUGCCAGGAGUGCAACAACAUGCUGUACCCCAAGGAGGACAAGGAGAGCCGUGUGCUGCUUUACGCGUGCCGCAACUGCGACUACCAGCAGGAGGCCGACAGCAGCUGCAUCUACGUCAACAAGAUCACGCAUGAAGUGGAUGAGCUCACGCAGAUCAUCGCUGAUGUCUCCCAGGACCCUACGCUGCCGCGCACUGAGGACCACCCCUGCCAGAAGUGUGGGCACAAGGAAGCUGUUUUCUUCCAGUCGCACAGUGCAAGAGCUGAGGAUGCCAUGAGGCUCUACUAUGUCUGCACAGCCCCGCACUGUGGCCACCGCUGGACUGAGUGAUGGCUGUGUCCCUGGUCUGGCUGUCACCCCCAAACAGCCAAAUUUCUUCUCUGUACCUGCCAGAAUGGCAUUUACAUACAAAAAAUGGUUGACUUUUG